AUGUCGCACGAGUCGGGGUCCUCCGUGUCCACCACGAGCAUCGUCUUCGACCGCAUCGGCGAGCGCGUUGCCGCCGCCAAUGAAGCCGCUCUCGAGAAGCGCCUCCACGAAGACGACGACGAUGCCCUCAAAGACGAGCUGACUAACGAUGACCUCGAGACCGGCCCCUUCCUUGGCAACGGUGACUCCAGCAGAACCCAACAUGGUGGCAAUAAGGGGCGCGAAAUGGACCGUGGGCUGCGUAAGGCACUCCUCAUCGUCGCAGGUCUGCUGGUCUCUUCCUGGGUCGCCGGCCUCGCCGUCUAUGUCGGCACGGAAGCCUACAAGUCUGCCUCGGAGUUUGGUCACGACCCUCAAGCGACUGUGUCCCGAGGAUCGGGAAAGGCCCUGACACUGGACCAGGUUAUGGGCAGCUUCUGGCGUCCUGAGUACCGCUCGAUACAAUGGAUUGCUGGGCCAGAGGGCGAAGACGGACUCCUGCUGGAGAAGGAUGUUGGCAGCAAAAGCUUCCUCGUCGUGGAAGAUGUCCGCGCCCAAAACGCUGCUGCUGCGCCUGCCUCAGCUGGCGCCCCCGUGGCCGAGGCGAGGAUCUUGAUGGAGAAGAGUACCUUCGACUACGGGACCAGGUCAUACACGGCGGUCAACGUGGUACCCAGCAGAGACAUGCAGAGGGUGUUGGUCGCAACCGACUUGAAAUCAAAUUGGCGCCACUCUUCCUACGCCGCCUACUGGAUUUUUGAUGUCAAGACGCAGACUGCCGAGCCCCUAAUCCCCGGUGAACCGGACGCGCGCAUCCAGCUUGCUCAGUGGAGCCCAGCAGGCGAUGCCGUCGCUUUCACCAGAGACAACGACCUGUACCUACGCAAGGCCGGCUCCGACAUCUUCGUCCAGAUUACCAAGGAUGGCGGCUCCGAGGUGUUCAACGGCGUUCCCGACUGGGUCUACGAAGAAGAGGUGUUCUCCGGGGCCAGCGCCACAUGGUGGUCCGAAGAUGGCAGCUACAUUGCCUUUCUGCGGACCAAUGAAACUGGUGUUCCCGAAUACCCCGUCGAGUACUACCUUUCCCGGCCCAGCGGUACCAAGCCCAAGCCGGGCGAGGAAUCGUACCCGGAGACCAGGUACAUCAAGUACCCGAAAGCCGGCGCACACAACCCCGUUGUCGAACUCAAGUUUUAUGACGUGGUCCGCGGCGAUGUCUUCUCGGUGGACACGUCAGGCGGCUUCGCCGACGAUGAUCGUUUGAUUACCGAGGUAGUCUGGGCCGGCAAGCAAGUGCUGGUCAAGGAAACAAACCGGGUCAGCGACGUCAUGCGCGUUGUCUUGGUGGACGUGGCGGCGCGCACGGGUAAGACUGUCAGGUCGACGGAUGUCAAGGCCAUUGAUGGCGGCUGGUUUGAAAUCACCCAUCAGACCAAGUACAUCCCGGCGGACCCGUCCAAGGGGCGUGAGCAUGAUGGCUACAUCGACUUGAUCAUCCAUGAUGACGGGAACCACCUCGCUUAUUUCACUCCGCUGGACAACUCCGAUCCUGUUAUGCUUACUUCUGGCAAGUGGGAGGUUGUCGAGUCCCCCUAUGCUGUGGACCUGGACAAGAAUGUCGUCUACUUCGUGGCAACCAAGGAGUCGUCGAUCCAACGGCAUGUCUAUCAUGUCAAGCUGACUGGAGAGGGUCUAACUCCGGUGUCUGAUACCUCUGCCGAGGGCUACUAUGCCGUUUCAUUCUCGACUGGGGCUGGCUACGCGCUAAUGACAUAUCAAGGUCCGGGCAUCCCCUGGCAAAAGGUCAUCAGCACGCCGAGCAACCCUCACAAGUACGAGCACACCGUUGAAAAGAACCAUGAUCUUGCCGAUCAUGCAAAGAAAUACGAGCUGCCCAUCAAGAUCUAUGGCACCAUCAACAUCGACGGCGUGGACCUCAACUACGUCGAGAGACGGCCGCCGCACUUUGACGAGAGCAAAAAGUAUCCCGUGCUGUUCCAGCAGUACAGCGGGCCGGGCUCGCAAACUGUGAACAAGAAGUUCGGAGUCGACUUUCAGUCCUUUGUGGCUGCGGGGCUGGGAUACGUCUGUGUCACCGUCGACGGGCGCGGGACGGGCUACAUCGGCCGCAAGAACCGCGUCAUCGUCCGCGGCAACCUCGGGCACUGGGAGUCGCACGACCAGAUCGCCGCCGCCAAGAUCUGGGCCAAGAAGAAGUACGUCGACGAGACGCGGCUCGCCAUUUGGGGGUGGAGCUUUGGUGGCUUCAACACGCUCAAGACGCUCGAGCAGGACGCCGGCCAGACGUUCCGCUACGGCAUGGCCGUGGCACCCGUCACCGACUGGCGCUUCUACGACAGCAUCUACACGGAGCGGUACAUGCUCACGCCGCAGCUCAACGGGCACGGCUACGACACGAGCGCCAUCACAAACAUCUCGGCCCUGUCGCAGAACGUGCGCUUCCUGAUGAUGCACGGCGUUGCCGACGACAACGUGCACCUCCAGAACUCGCUGACGCUGCUGGAUAAGCUGGACGUGAACGGGGUCGAGAAUUACGAUGUGCAUGUUUUUCCCGACAGCGAUCACAGCAUCUACUUUCACAAUGCGAACCGGAUUGUUUAUGACAAGCUGACGAGCUGGCUUAUCAACGCUUUUAACGGGGAGUGGCUCAAGGUGGCCAACCCGAAGCCGAACGGAACCAGGAGUAAGCGUCAGCCCGAGGCUUGA